GGGAGAGGGCGUGGUCUUGUGUAGAUAGCGAUCCUUACAGCUACAACUCUCAGUCUCUCUCUCUCUCUCUGUCUGUUUGAGCAGGAGAACUGGAGGAGGUCAGCGGUGUGAUCUUCACGUCUGAUCUUCAGCAUUAUGGCGUCCGCAGUGCCUCAGAAGCGGAUGGUGUCAUCUGUUUUCAUCACGCUGGCAUCUCCGUUCAGGGCGACCGUCACCCCGACGGUCCCCGUCCACAGCAGUCCCGUCAGAGACCCGCAGCCGGCCAUCACACCGCUGCGCUCAACAUCAGCAUCCUCACAGGACGGAUCCAUCAUGAGCCCGUUAUACACCCGGUCCAGACUCCCCGCCACCCUAACCCAGAGCAAACCCACCGCUGCCCCCUACAGGCUGGACAGCACAGACAGACGCAGUGCAGAUGCAGUCAUUAUCAAUGACCUGCCCCUCACUCCUCCCCCGGAUGACCUCCAUGAACCCUGUGACCCCUGGCAACCAGACGCCCCUGCAGAGGCGUGUGCAGGCAGUAACCUGAAGCAUCCUUCAUCAUCAUCAUCAUCAUCAUGGGGAUCGCAGGACAGCGAUGUGUGUGGAUUCUGUCGUAAGCCGAUGUUGUUGUCUGAACCCGCUAUAGAUGCUCUGAAUCGCAGUUAUCACGCCGCCUGCUUCCAGUGCCGGCAGUGUCACACGCCUCUCGCCGCCAAACUCUAUUAUAAUAAAUCUGGUAUUCCACUGUGUGAGGACUGUUAUCAGGCCAGUUUGGAACCGUGCUGGGCAUGUGGUGAUGUCAUUAAAGACCACGUGAUUCGAGCUCUGGAACGAGCCUAUCACCCACCCUGUUUUGUGUGCACGACGUGCAGACAGCCAAUCGGAGAGCAGAGAUUUGCACAGGGUGAAGUUGGGGAGGUUUACUGUCUGCAGGAUUAUUACAGGAAAUAUUCGCCGCAGUGCAGCGCAUGCGGACAGAUGAUAAUCCCGCGUGUGGACGGAACAGACAGUUACACUGUGGAGUGUUUGGGUCACUCGUACCAUGAGGACUGUUACCGCUGUCAGGUGUGUAAAGUUCUUUUGUCUCCGGAGCCCAAUGAGAACGGCUGUUACCCUCUGGAGGGUCAGAUUCUCUGUAAACGCUGUCAUUUCACCCUCAUCUACAACGCACAGCAUUAAAAGACUGAUGGCGAAUGACCACUAUGCAACAUUGGAAUGAUUAUAAAUACUUGUUUAUUUUUAUAACGUUUUCUAAUUGUUUAACAUAAUCCACUGUAUCAAUGUAUUCGACAUAUCAACUGUAUCAAUCUGAUGUUUUUGCACUUACUGAACAUGAACAAAACACGCCAAAGAUAUCUUUUUACUGGCUCCAAAAUCCCAUUGAUGUUCAAAAUAAACUAAUAUAUGUGCACGA